CCUCCAAAUCAUUGGAUUCAGGUGUUCUAAUCAUCUCCAUGGCCACAGGUGUAUAAAAUCAAGCACCUAGGCAUGCAGACUGUUUCUACAAACAUUUGUGAAAGAAUGGAUUGCUCUCAGGAGCUCUGUGAAUUCAAACGUGGUACCGUGAUAGGUUGUCACCUGUGCAAUAAGUCCAUCCGUGAAAUUUCCUUGUUACUAAAUAUUCCACGGUCAACUGUUAGUGGUAUUAUAACAAAAAAGAAGCAACUGGGAACAACAGUCACAGAGUGCACGCCGCCACUGGACUCUGAGCAGUGGAGAUGUAUUCUCUGGAGUGAAAAAUCAUGCUACUCUUUCUGGCAAUCCAAUGGACAUGUCUGGGUUUGGCGGUUGCCAGGAGAGCGGUACUUGCCUGACUGCAUUGUGCCAAGUGUA